AUGGCUGCAGCCGGUGGGGAGGGGCUGGCAGGGACCCCCCUGCUGCUGGCGGGUGCUGCCCUGGCCCUGCUCGGUGUCCUCGUCUACCUGGGAGCCCUGUGUGCUGCCUGCAGACGCAAGGGCAGGAGGAAGAAGGUCCCUCCGGACGGGGUGAAGCUGGUGGACGAGUCCCUGCUCCGGCAGACGCAGCUGCGCUCGCUGAGCAGAUCGGACACGAAGCUGCAGGAGCUGUGCCGGGUGAAGCACAGGGAUGGCACCCAGCGUCCGGCCAGCCUGGGUGCUCCCUGUCCCGCUGCCACCCCCCCGCACAGCUCCGGCCUCAGCAUCCUCCUGCACCGCGAGCUGCCCCGCAUCCCCGUCCCCGACCCCCCCACCGCCCCCCAGGCUUCGGACCGGACCUACUCGAACCUCCUCUUCGCUCCGCUGCGCAAACCGCUGCCCGACAGCGUCUACGAGUGCCUGGCGGGGGGGGGUGAGAAUCCCCCGGUGACCCCCGCACCCCCCGGCACCCGGGUGUCCCCUCCGCGGGCCGGUGCGGGGGGGGUCGAUUACGCCUGUGUCCAUAAGGUGAAGAAGGUGGUGGCGGUGGAGCUGCGGGAUGGGGCCGCCGUGGGACCUCCCGCAGCCCCGCGGUGCUGGGAGGGGGCAGGCAAUGCCCCCCGGGCAAAGCUGGAGGAGAUGUACUCAACGGUGUGCAAAGCCACCAAGAAGAAAACCCAGGUGCCCCCGAGGGAGGUGGGUGCUGGGUGUCCACCCACCCGCCAGGAGGAGGGUGCCCCAGCCAAGCAGUGGCCCCAAGCAGCUCAAGCCCCCCCAGACUCCUGCUAUGAGUCCAUCAAUGACAGACCCUGGACUGCUCAGGGCCGUGGCCCAGACCCAGACUACGAGGCAGUGGACAUGAACUGGAAGAAGGUGGCAGGACGGGAGAAGGUGGGGGGGCCACCCAGUGCCUCUGAGAACCUUUACGAAAGUGUGGGUGACAUUUGGGCAGGGGGGGCCCGGAGAGCCUCAGCCAAGACAGCAGCCAACGGGCUGGAGGUUUACAUCACCAACCUAUAG